GUAGUAUUUUUGUGGCUACGUGCACACAUGGCCCUAUGCAAUUUAGUCGUCUCAGAUGUUAAAGGAAUUGUAUAGUAGUAAAGUACGCCUUUUGUGUGUCAUGCCACAAGACAGUGCUGUUAUUUGUUUAAACUCGUUAUACUUUAGAACAGCUUUCGUGCGCGUUUGUGAACAACGUUCUUUUCCCAGCCGUAACUCAUGUAAACAGAGAAGAGACAGAAAACGCAGCUGGAAGAGAAAGCUGGGGGGUGGUGGUGGGAGCGAACGUGUGAAUUCAAUAGCGAAAGAAAUGGGGAGGUGGGAUUCAGGCUGGAAGAGCCGGCUUCGCUUUUGAAUGAGAGAGAGAGAAAGAGAGCGAGCAAGGAAAGAUCCUGGAAGAAGAAUCACUGUUGUUUAAAAAAGAGAGAGAGAGAAAGAGAAGAAAGGGGAAAAAGAGCAGGCAAGGAAAAGCUGAAGGAAACAAAGGAGGAAUUGCAUUUCCUGUAAAGUAUGCGCCUAUGAUCUUUUCCACCGGAGACCGUCUAAUCUGCAAUAAAAAAUUAACAUAACGAGGUAUCGGAUUUGGACGUGGAGAUCGGAGGAAUUCGUCUGACUUAAUAUAUCAACCUUCUCUGGAUGUACAAUUAAUUGCUAGGGAACUUCAAUUUGUGAAUGAAUUCGCGUUUUUCGGGCAUCUUUUAACUCAAUGAAAAGGAAACAGCCAGGUCGACGGUUCGAUUAACAAUAAAGUCAGAAUUUGGGAGCUGACCCUUUCAUCACUACAAUUGUAUUCCCCCCAUUGUCUCCGCCUAACUGUGAACGUUCAAGACUAAUGCAAAUCCUGAUAUACCAAUCUCAACAGAAGGGGGAUCUUCACAAGUGAAUUUCCUGUCAAACCAGCAGGUUGUUCAGCCUUUGGUAUUCUCUGAGUGGGUAACACCAGUCCUUCAAAAUAGAUUCUCUCAGGAGCAAAGUCGACCUUCUGAAAUUACCCCUCUCUCUCUCUGCUAAGGCGGUGACCACCCGGAAACUUAAGGAAGGGGGGGUGCCAUCAAGAGCUGGGAACGGCCAGAGGGAGGGGGGAGGAGGAGGGGGGAACAGCCACCCCCGCAAACAGACACACAGCAGUGUGGAGAAGUCAAGGAACAGCAGCAUGGAUACUGAGUCCCAGUAUUCCGGUUAUUCUUACAAGUCAAGUCAUUCCCGCAGUUCACGGAAGCACAGAGACCGUAGAGAAAGACAUCGAUCAAAGAGCCGGGAAGGAAGCAGAGGUGACAAGUCAGUAACAAUCCAGGCACCAGGUGAACCACUAUUGGACAAUGAGUCAACAAGAGGAGACGACAGGGAUGAUAACUGGGGUGAGACCACCACAGUAGUCACUGGGACAUCUGAACAUAGUGUGUCUCAUGAAGAUGUGACUCGCAUAACAAAGGAUGUGGAUGAAUCUGUGACUCCUGACUGCCGCCGUUACCUUGGACCAGCCUUGUCAGCAGGUCUUGGUCUCUUUGCAUUUGUAACUCCUCUGGCAUUCCUUUUGCUUCCUCAGCUGCUAUGGCGGGAUGACUUAGAACCAUGUGGCACUCCUUGUGAAGGCUUGUACGUGUCCCUAGCCUUUAAACUCUUGGUUUUACUUAUUGCAUCAUGGGCACUGUUCCUCAGACCUCCUCGGGCCACCCUUCCUCGGAUCUUUGUAUUCCGCUCCUUGUUGAUGGUACUUGUCUUCCUGUUUGUGGCAUCAUACUGGUUAUUUUAUGGUGUGAGGGUGCUGGAACCCAGAGAAAGGGAUUACCGUGGUAUAGUGGAAUAUGCAGCUUCACUGGUGGAUGCACUUCUGUUUAUUCAAUACCUGGCUGUCAUUUUGCUAGAAAUAAGACAAAUUCAACCAGCCUUCUGCCUAAAAGUAGUUAGAACGACAGACGGUGCCAGCAAGUUCUACAAUAUUGGACACCUCAGUAUUCAGCGUGCCGCUGUGUGGAUUCUUGAGAGGUACUACAGUGAUUUCCCUGUGUACAACCCUGCUCUGCUGAACCUUCCUAAGUCCAUACUCUCCAAGAAAAUGUCAGGGUUUAAGGUGUACUCUCUAGGAGAAGAAAACAGUACCAACAACUCAACAGGCCAGUCCCGUGCAAUGAUUGCUGCUGCAGCCCGGAGACGAGAUAACAGCCAUAACGAAUAUUACUACGAAGAGGCAGAAAUGGAGAGACGUGUGAGAAAACGAAAAGCAAGACUUGUGGUUGCAGUAGAGGAGGCUUUUACACACAUUAAACGCUUGCAGGAUGAGGAUCAAAAGAAUCCACGAGAAAUUAUGGACCCCCGGGAAGCAGCCCAGGCAAUAUUUGCCUCAAUGGCACGUGCCAUGCAGAAGUACCUUCGGACCACAAGACAGCAGCCAUACCAUAGCAUGGAGAGCAUUCUGCAACACUUACAGUUCUGCAUUACGCAUGACAUGACACCUAAGGCAUUUCUUGAGCGGUACUUGCUGCCAGGACCCACAGUCCAAUAUCACAGAGAAAAUACAGCAGGCCGCCAGUGGACACUGGUCAGUGAGGAGCCAGUAACCUCGUCUUUGAGAGAGGGGGCAGUUUUUGCUCUGAAAAGGAUGGAUUUCUCCUUAGUAGUUACUGUGAAGCAAAUUCCCUUCUUGCAGGUCCGAGAGGAGUUCAUUGACCCAAAGAGUCACAAGUUUGUGAUGCGACUACAGUCGGAGACCUCUGUCUAAUUUCUACGCCUUCAGGAGCAGCUUGUUUACAAGAAUGCUUGUCAGAUGGUCUUUCAGGUUAUAGAUUGUUUACAUCAUAAUGGAAGAGCUAUAUGUGAUCCUUAAUUAGGAUUAUAGCAUCAAGCCAGGACAGAGCCACACUACCUACAUUUUUAGCUUGUCACAAGCUACUAUGAUAGCAUCAGUCUCAUUGAUCUGAGCUACUACAUGAUGGGUAGUUUGGUUUUUGUUUUUUAUUUUAACCUGGGACACCUUUUUGCAUUGAUAUAUUUUUUUUUUGACAUAUCAUAAAGUGCAAAUGGUUGUACUGAUCAAUCCCCCAAAUGUUCCUGUUGCAUCUGCUAACAGGAUUCACUUUUUCUGCCUGUGUCCAAUGAGUAAAACACAAUUACAUAAACA